AUGGAGGAGCUCGGUCGGGCCUACGCGCGGCUGUGCGCGGCGCCGCAGGAGGCCGUGCUGCGGCGGCUGCGGGAGCCCGGCCGCGCCCGCCUCGACCUGGCCGCGCAGAGCCUCUCGCUGGAGACGUGCGGCGCCCUGGCGCGGCUGCUGCCCGGCGCCGCGCCCUUCGCCGAGGUGCUGCUCGGCGACUGCGGCCUCAGCGAGGAAGGUGUCAAACUUUUGUUGAAUGGGCUUUGCUCCAACACCACAGUCAAAUCUUUGGAUUUGAAGGGGAAUAAUCUGCGAACUGUAGGAGCGGAGGCUUUGGGAAAACUUCUUAGGGAGAAUCAGUCCAUCAGGAGCUUAAUCUUGGAAUGGAACAGCCUGGGCGUGUGGGAGGAGGGCUUCUCCUUUUUCUGCCAGGGACUGGCAACAAACAACUUUCUCCAGCGGCUAGAUCUGCGCAACAACCAGAUAAACCAUCAAGGGGCAGGAGAGCUGGCCAUGGCACUGAAACGAAAUGCCAGCCUGCAGGAGCUAGAUUUGCGCUGGAAUAAUAUUGGGCUUUUGGGUGGCCGAGCUUUGUUGAACUGCCUGCACAGCAAUAAGACCCUGAAGAAGCUGGAGCUGGCUGGGAACAAUGUUCCCAGCGAUAUCCUGAAGGCUGUGGAACAAGCCUUGGAUCACAACCAAGACCGUCAAACAAUUCUCAAUGAGACCCACAGUCGAACCCAUGUGCUCAGCAAGGAGGUUCUGAGUCUGAAGAAUGAGAAGGCAAAGCAGUUUUUGGAUUUGAUGGACACUAUAGACAAACAGAGAGAAGAAAUAACCAGGAGCAGUAGGAUGUCUACAGCACGAGUCAGCCAGCUGCAGGAAGCACUGGAUGAUCAGCACUCUAUUAUGAAUUCACUGAAAGCCAAGCUGCAGAUGACUGAAGCUGCCUUGGCUCUGGCUGAGCAGAAGGUGCACAACUUGGGAGAGCUGGUCAGUGCCAUGAAACAGGAGCAAACUAGUGUGGCUGAGCGCCACCUUAAGGAGCUCCAGCAGCAAAAACAGGAAGGUGCUGAUCGAGAAGGCAAACUUUUCCGGGAGUUGUCUGCUGCCAGUGAGAAGAACCUACUUUUAAGAAACCAGGUGGAUGAGUUAGAAAAGAAGUGCAAAGUCCAACAGGAUCAGCUCUUCUAUGUAAAACAAGACUUGACCAACACAACAGCAGAGUUGAAGCUUCGGGCUGUGCAGGCUGAGGAACGCUUAGAAGUGGAGAAGAAAAAAUUUAAACAAAGCCUUGAAGACAUGGAAUCCCUUCGGUUAAAAGAGGUGGAUCGUAUGACACAACAUGUUGAGGCCAGUGAACGUUCUUUGCAAGAGAGGAUCCAGAGGCUGGAGGCCAUCAGGAUAGCUCUGGAGGAGGAGCUGAGCCAAGUCAGAGCAGCUGCACUUACUGAGCGAGGCCAGGCAGAAGAGGAGUUAAUAAAACUGCGAAAUCAGGCACGGUUGGAGGAGCAACAGCGACUAGAACAGCUACAAGAAAAGCUGCGGCUGAUGAGCGAGUUGAGAGAUGAAGCUCAGAACUGUUAUCUUAGACAAAAAGAAGUGGUUGGUGAGGUCCAAGCGAAGGCAAAUCAGUUGAGCCUGCAUGCUGAUGGACUCAGAAGGCAGAUAGAGGAACUUCAGCAGGAUCUGAACAUUAAGGAACAGGAGAAGGUGACAGAGGUGAAUAAAGUAAAAGUGGAGUUACAGGAGCAGAUUGGACACCUGCAGGCUGAACGCACAGCACAAGAAGGGCUUAGAGAGAAGAUUGCAGCCCUGGAGAGGCAGCUGAAAGCCCUGUCAAGUAAUCACCGAGAGACACUGCUGGACAAAGAAGGUGAAAUCUCUAUGCUGCUGGAGAGGUUGAGAAUGAAAGAGGCUGAGAUCUCCAGGAUGAGGGAAGAAGAGGCCCAACGAGCAAGCUUCUUGCAGAAUGCCAUCAUGGCUUACGUGCAGGGUUCCCCUUUAGGACCUGUCAGUCCUAGGAAAUAAGAGCGUGGCCUAAAGCAUCCAUAUAGGAUAAGCUAAUUUUUAAGUGGGAGAGUUUUGUCAAAGUAUGGUGGCAUGAAGGAUUGCAAACUGAAGCAAAUGUUCUGCUGCUCCUGUAAAAUCUUGCUACGGACAGCAUAAAGGACUGAUGAAAGCAGCAUCCAAGGCUGGGAUUGAGGCAGGUGGGACUUGAGCAUGUGGAGCCCUUCUGCUGCCCUUCUACAGCAUUUGAAACUUUCCAUGGCCUUCUGCAUGGUGCUAGUUUCUCAGCGCACCUAGUCAUCACUGAUGGUGCUGUGAAUUCCUUGGGAUAUGGACCUUCUGAAACACUCGGUUGGAUGCCAGGGCUGCUCACAAUGAAAUACUGUAAAUGACAGGCAGAAAAGUUUCUUAUGGCUCUCUGUAGAUGGGAGCUGGUUACUUUGCUCUAAGCCAAUAUGGAGUCCAGAAAUGCUGGCUCUCAGCCACCUGCACCUUUAUAUGCACGUUUGUCGCACUUUGGCUCUUCUGCGCUGCUUCUGGCUGUACUGAUGGCAGCAAAGGGGUGCUCACUGCACUCAGAAAUAGCUGUGCUGAGGUGGACUGUGCAGGGGCUCUACGUGUCCUUUGGGAACAGGUGAUUCUUAGCCGUGACUCAAGCCUGUACAAAAGAGGUGACAUUAGAACAGGGUUUUCGUUGCUGUGAGCUGCAUCCCUGGGCUGGCAUCCUUGUGGU